AUGGGCAAGCUGGAAGACGGCGCCACCCUUGUGCCCAGUGAGCACCUGCCCUUGCUGGCCAAAGCGGCCCCCAGCGCCACCCACCUGAGCCAGCAGGAGGUGGCCGAGCAGGGCAGCGCUGCCCCCUGGCCCAGACUCCGCAAAGCCCUGAUCAGCCUGCUGGGCGGCCUCUUCGCCUGCAUGCUGCUUCUGGCUGUGGCCCUGCUCCUUUCCCUGCCCCGCCCCCACCCGCCCCUGGACUGGUGGCAAAAGGCCGCCUUCUACCACCUGCCCCCCUCCUCCUUCCCGGACUCCGACGGCGAUGGGUGGGGAGACCUGGCAGGGGUCAGGCAGCAGCUGGACCAGCUGGCAACCCUGCCCAUCCAGGCCUUGGUGUUGGGCCCUAUCCUUGAAGGCGGAGGGGCCAACCUGACCCAGAUCGUCCCUGCCCACGGAUCGCUGGCACAGCUGCAAGCUCUGGGGACUGACGGGCACAAGAGAGGAAUCCGAAUCCUGCUUGAACUUCCACCUUGGGAAGCAGAGGGUGACGCCCCCGCCGAGAGCAAUCAAACAGUGCGACUCCUCAAGGAGGCCCUGCAGUUUUGGCAGUCCAAAGGCGUGCAUGGUUUUUUGGUGGCCAAGGACCCUGCCUGGUGCCUCCUCGCGGUACUCAAGGCCUGGGGCGCCCUCCAUGACCACAGGCGGAGCGAUCCACGGGAUCAAGGGGCCCUCAUCGUAUGGGACCGGAGUGAGACCUGCAGCGCUUCUGAGGGGAUGCCCAGCAGGGUCAUCCUCACCUGCCACCUGCCGGGAACCCAGAGAAAUCUCUCUGCUCAGGCACUGCUGCAACUGGGACAGGGAUCCCCGCAACUUCCUGGCACCCCGUGGCCCAGCUGGGCAGUGCCCAGUGGACUCUCGCCCUUCGGUGGCUGGGGGAAAAUCCUUGGGGUGCUGCUCUUCACCCUCCCAGGAGUGCCCCUGGUGCAAGGGGGGCCGAGGUCUCCGCUCCCGCUGGAGUUUGAGCAGAUGGAAGGCUGGCCCAGCAGAGCCCCGCUGGCAGCCCUGUACCAGUCCCUCCUGGAGUUGCACGCCAAGUCCUUCUCCUUGCAGGACACGGACUUCACCCCGCUGCCCCUCCCCAGCCACGCUGAGGACCUCGUGGCUUUCCUCCGGCCGGGUGCCUGCUCCAGCCUCCUGGUGAUCCUCAACCUGGGGCUGCAACCCACCCAGCUCCACCUGAAGGAGCUCAGCUUCCCCGGGCAGGCCAAGGUGGUGCUCAGCACCCACGCCAAGCCCCGGAAAGAAGCCAGCGUGGAGGUGGUGAGGCUGGUGCCCCAGCAGGCCGUCCUGCUCCGGGUGCCUCGAGGAUACCAGCCGUGA